CUCACUACUGAUCGAAGUCCACUUGCGGGCCUCAAACAUCCAUCAGUCCACCGGGGCUGUGGGGCCUGCUGCCGGCCUUUGUGUGGCUCUCCGUCUGUCCGGUCUUCUGAUCUCUGCAACAAUGAAGAUCAGGCUGGCCUGACUCUGAAGCUCCUGCCCCAUCAGCCAGAAUGGACCUACCAGGUUAUCGCCCACAGCAGACCCAGCCUCCUGGCCCCCACUCUGGUGACCCAGUAGAUCCGCUAACUCUGGGAGGACCAUCAACAUCCGAGGAGUACAAGACAGAGUCAGACAGCAGACCAGAGUCAGCGGAGAGCUGUCCCAUCUGUGGAGACAAAGUGUCAGGAUACCACUAUGGGCUGCUCACUUGUGAAAGCUGCAAGGGCUUCUUCAAACGCUCAGUGCAGAAUAACAAGUAUUAUACCUGUGCAGAACAACAAAGAUGCCCCAUGAACCUUUGGCAGAGAAAACGCUGUCCUUCCUGUCGCUUCCAAAAGUGCCUGGCAGUGGGCAUGAAGAGAGAAGCUGUAAGGGCAGAUCGUAUGCGAGGUGGCAGGAAUAAAUUUGGCCCUCUGUAUCGGCGGGACAGGCUCAUAAAACAGCAAACCGUGUUUCAUCAGGCAAACACUGCCCCCUACAGGAUAAAGAUGGAAACUACCCAGAUACACCGGCCAGUAGCUCCAAAUGACCUUCAACUAAUGAGCAGUCACAGAAGUGAUCCUUUUACUUCUGGUGCUUUUCAUCAGUCCCACAUUUAUCCCUCUGGCAUGGAGCAGUCUGGUAUGCUCAUGGACUGCUCUAUGAACACAGACAGGGUGAUCACUCCUCCGUCUCUGCCCUAUCCUGGACUGUAUCAUCGCAGCUUCCCUGGGCACCUUCCGGAGAAACAAGAAAUGCCUUUUAGCAACAGCCUGGCCUCUGCACACUAUUCAGUGAAUCAGUUUAAUUCAUUCUCAACAAGAAGCACCCCAGCAUCAUCCCCCUGCUCAACUACCCCUCUCUCCCACACCCCCAACCUAACCCAUCACAUCCCCUCAUCGGCCUCUAUCACACCCAACUUUCUAAGCCAGCUCCUGGAGGGGGACCAGGAUGAGAGCCAGCUGUGUGCCAAAGUCCUCGCCAGUCUGCAGAGAGAACAGGCCAACAGGGGCAAACACGAUUGCCUAAACACAUUCAGUAUCAUGUGCAAAAUGGCAGACCAGACUCUGUUUGGACUUGUGGAGUGGGCCAGGAACAGUUCACUCUUCAAGGAGCUCAAGGUGGAAGACCAGAUGGUGCUGCUACAGAGCUGUUGGAGUGAGCUGCUGGUUCUUGAUCACCUUUGUAGACAGGUGACCUACGGUAAAGAAGGCUGCAUAUAUUUAGUCACAGGACAACAGAUUGACGUUUCAACCAUCAUCUCUCAGGCUGGUGCAACAUUAAGUGCCCUGGUAUCGAGGACACAGGACCUGGUGUCCAAACUGAAGGCACUCCAGCUGGACAGACACGAGUUUAUCUGCCUCAAGUACUUGGUACUAUUCAACCCUGAUGUGAAGUCAGUGCAGAGCCGAAGGCAGGUGGAGCAGACACAAGAAAGAGUUAACAGGGCCCUGAUGGAGCACACCCAACAGAGUCAUCCAGGACACUCAGACAAGUUUGGCCAGCUGCUGCUCCGGCUGCCUGAAGUACGCAGCAUAAGCUUACAGGUUGAGGAGUAUCUGUACCAGCGCCAUCUUCUGGGAGAUUUGCCCUGUAACUCUCUUCUCUCCGAGAUGCUGCACACUAAGCACAAUUGAGAACAUUCUGCUGGAUGUAUCAAGCCCUGGAGACAGAAGAGUGACAAAGCCUGAGUUCUGUUGCUGUAAAUUGUCCCACAGCUUCAUAAGUGAGGGGAAAAUCAUGUGAUCCAGGAUCAGCAAUGAAGGGACUUAUACUUAAGAAUCCUGUGUCAUGCUUCAUCCACGUGUUGUUAUUAACAGUAUUACUAUAACGACAUAAAAGUCCAGUCAAUGUUUUUUUUCCCCCUCUGUCAGCAAUGUUGGACAGAUUUGAGAUCCAAGCACUACCAAGACCUUUUAAAUAAGAGAGAGCCCCACUGUGUACAGCCAAAAGACAAAUGCAUCAUUGAAUAAAGAAAUGUGUUUUUUGGA